AUGGAUUUUAAUCCAUUUACUGAGUCUUCAAACUUUGUUGAACUGCUUAGCAGUCAACAAAAUGUUGUCUUUGGUAACAUAUCAGAUAGUGUUUCACUAUCUUCAUCGCAAGUUCCCUUCUUAGGCAGUCAAGGCACCGAUGAUUCAAACUUUGGUGAAGACACUCAAGCCAAUCGUAAAGAAAGAAGGACGUGGACGCCAACAGACGAUGUAGUGCUCAUCAGCUCGUGGUUAAAAACGAGAAAAGAUCCCGUAGUAGGGAAUGAGCAAAGGUCUCUUACUUUCUGGAAAAACAUUGUUGCGUACUUCUCGGCUAGUCCAAAGCUUGAUGGCUGUGAAAAGAGAGAGGCAUCUCACUGUAAGAAUCGUUGGCACAAAAUCAAUGACUUAGUUUGCAAGUUUUGUGGAGCAUAUGAAGCUGCAACCAGAGAGAAAAGCAGUGAGCAAAAUGAGAAUGAUAAGUGGUGUGAGCUGUCUACGACUAAAAAUGAUGGAAGCUCCAAGAAGAAGAAGUGUGAGGAUGGUUCACAUUCAACAAGCUCUAAAGCAGUUGAAGAAGAUUAUGCUCUUGAUGAUGAAGGAACAAAUCGUCCCCCGAGUGUUAAGGUAGCAAAAGCCUGUUCUAAGAAGACAGUGGUUGAUGGGAAGGAGCUAUCUGAGUUUCAGACAAUGUGGAGCAUCAAGAAGCAAGAUUUAGCUUUGAAAGAAAGGUUGUCCAAGAUGAAGCUACUUGACAGUUUCAUUGCUAAACAAGAACCUCUAGUGGAUUAUGAAGAAGCUUUGAAGAAGAAACUCUUGAUGAGUUGA